AUGGCCCUUCUUUCCCUUCUCGACGAGUUAACCAGGGAAUCCAAUGUUCCUGUGUCCAUCAACUACUUUACUUCUCGAAAAUGCAAUUACACCUGCGGGUUCUGUUUCCAUACCGAUACCUCAUCCUACGUCCUCCCUGUUGACGAAGCGAAACGCAGCUUGAGACUGUUAAAAGAAGCCGGCAUGCGAAAGCUCAACAUUGCUGGUGGUGAACCAGUCCUCUACCCUCGACUUCUGACUGAAUUGCUUCACUUUGUCAAGGAGGAACUUGGCCUCGAAAGUAUCAGCAUUGUGAGCAACGGCAGCAAGAUUACAGAGAAAUGGAUGCCUGAAAGUUGCCAAUGGCUGGGCACUCUUCCAAUCUCAUGCGAUUCUUUUGACCCCGAGACGACAAGAAGAUUGGACGGGGCGACGACGGAGGGAAUGUGA